GCAAGACCAAGAGAAGUUGUGCAAUCCUGCUCAACUCACGCGGACCCGAGCAUUCUCCUUGGCGCUGAAUCUGGCAAGCCGGAGCCUCCAAGUGGAGAUCGGUUUGUCUUUGUUUGAAGGACAAAAAGUACAGCCAACUAAGCUACGAGGCCUUGGAGCGUAAAAAAAGAAAACAUUACAGCUUGAAAGCGGCGAGAGAGGAAAGGUUUAUGGGGACGGCAGGAAGCAAAAGGCCACCUGAGGAAGGAAAUCACAGGUGACAACAACUUCCUCAAGCAAAUGUCUUUUCCGCUGAAGGGUUCAUUUGCAUUGCUGAGUCUUGGCAUCGGAAUGUGAAAUACCAGCAGGCAGCAGACAUUGUGAAUGCGGAACAUAAGUUUCCUAUAGAAGGAUCCCUUCCUCGCUAGAAAGGAGACAGGUAGGGGGGAGAUCGAACUGUCAGCAAGCUCAGGUAUGUAGGAUUGAGAAUUGCAGAGUUUACAUCUACUGCAGCCGUAUACCGGUCGUUUCUCAGCUCAAGAGAAGGUUCAGAAAUGGCCAGAGUUUGCCUCCUGCUUCUAUGUCUCAAGUUGUCAGAAAUUUAUACACAAGAAGGACGCUGGGAGACCAACUGGAAAAGGAACGACUCCCAUGUCAUAAACGACCUGCUGGACCAGUGGAAAAGGAACGACUCCGACCCCCUGGAUGACGAUUGGAAGCAGCGGCUACCCAAAGGCAUCAUUAUUGGCGUGAGGAAAGGGGGCACGCGGGCUUUGCUGGAGAUGCUGAAUCUGCACCCCCAGGUGGUAGCGGCUCACUCCGAGAUCCAUUUCUUCAACGUGGAAGAGAAUUAUCGAAAAGGAUUGGAUUGGUACAGCCAACAGAUGCCCAAUUCUCACAGCACUCAAAUCACGGUGGAAAAAACGCCAGGCUAUUUUGCUUCCCUAGAGGCCCCGGAACGGAUUUAUACCAUGGACAGAUCCGUGAAGCUCCUUUUGAUUGUGCGGGAUCCUGUGGAGAGGUUGGUGUCCGAUUACACCCAGAUCCUCUACAAUCGCAAAGCGCGGCAGAAACCGUACCAGUCCUUGGAGGAAAUCCUGAAAAGGGGCCAAGAGCUGAACACCAACUACAAGGCCAUGCAACGCAGCCUCUACGCGCUACACUUGGCUCGGUGGCUGGAGUUCUUCCCCACAACACAGAUCCAUGUGGUAGACGGAGGCGGCCUAAUACGGCAGCCACUCUCGGAGAUGCGUCACGUGGAACAGUUUUUGGGGCUGGAGCCUUACCUAGGCCCGGACAACUUUUAUUUCAAUGAAACCAAAGGCUUCUUUUGCCUCCAGGCCGAAGGUGAACGGCACUGCCUUGACCCAUCGAAAGGCCGGCCUCACCCCACCGUGGAUGAGUUCCUGCUGGAGAGACUCUGCACCUAUUUCAGUCAGCACAAUGAGGACUUUUUUGCCAUGGUGGGACGGACUUUCAACUGGUGCUGAGCCUUGUGUCGAGGCCAAGUUGGGCCUUCCGUGAAUAUUCCACCAAAAAUCUUUCCCAUUUUUCUUUCGAAAUGGAAAUUCAACUCUAGUGCUAUAUGGUAAAUUGGUUUAUAGUGAAACAGCCAAGCCUGACGUUGGAGGCUAGAAAAGUUAAAACAUUUUUAUCAAAAAAAUGCUUUUGCCUCAAGUAUGGUUCCCCAAGGAUCUUACUUGGGGAACCAUACUUGAGGCAAAAGCAUUUUUUUGAUAAAAAUGUUUUAACUUUUCUAGCAAUCCAAGCAGGUGAAGCUAUGCUCUUUAUGGUUAUGCCCCAUCCUGUCCCCCGCAAAAAAAAAAAACACCCUUUAGUUUAAGCUCUAGGAUGUAGAUCCACUGUUCUUCCUGAAAAUCUUGUAUUUAAUGAGCCAUGAGAAAGCUCUGUUGUUGACCUAUGCCCCCAUAUUCCCACAAGCAGCUUGCAAGAAUUGGAUUCAGCGUCUCUUUUCUAGCCAACACUGGAUUGACUCAGCACUGUAAACCAAGCUAUUUGCAUGCCUACUUAGCUUAUAAAGUUCUUAUUGGCAGGGACCCCAGCGUGCCAGGUGAGACUUUUGCCAUGAGAAAUCAUUUAAUUGGAGUUUAAAAUCAGGGCUUUCUUCUCAGUGGCCUUUCUGUCCAAGAGACACACUGGCACUUUGAUUGUGGGCCUUCAGUAUUUCUUUCAAUCAACACCUAAAAAAUAAUGAGUAAAUUAAAUUAAUCCUAGGACCUACAGGUAUUCCAUUACACUCACACCCAUUUCAGCUAUCUGCCUAAAACGUGGCCAAGUAACAAUAACAUUUGGAUCUUAGCAACAAGUGUAUUAAUUUUCUGCACUGUGAUUAAUGCGUUAAACAGCAGUCUGGAAAUUAGUUGUUUUCAACUCCUGACAAAAAUAACCUUUCACUCCAAUCAAUCCUUUCUCUUUUAUUUAUCUGUUAGAAAACAGCCUCUUUCAUUAGCAAAGCAUUGUUGACAUUGUUAAUCCACCAUCAAAAAUAAAAAGUUGCAGCAUCUUCAGUAUGGAAGUUCCAACUCCUGGAAGACUGAGCCUUUAGUAACCGAAGCCUUGUCUGUUCUAUAGCUGUCAAUCCAGGUUAUCAAUUACAUAAGAGGGAUAUUGAUUAAUGUUCCUAAGAAAACAAACACCCUAUUCCUACUAUAGCAGUACUAAUCUGCUACAACACUGUUACUGAAGGGACAUCUGGGGGGAAAAAAACUAUGCCAAAUUCAAAGAUCUGCUUUGUUAUAUA